UUAACGUUUCGCGUACUCUCCACACCACUAGAUGGCGCGGAUUCAACUGCACAGUGAAGAAAAAGCACAGUCACAGCAUGUUGUUAGUUAAAACUACGCUUUGAUGCGACGUUUUUACAUGUAGUUGUAUUUGUGUUGUUUGACACGUUUAGUUUGGAAUCGAGUGUCAUCUAAGCGUGAUAUAGCCACAUACUGUUCUCUGUCUGCCUUUAGAUCAGUCGUUUAACGUUACUUUAGACGUCCACAUUGCGGCUUGAGUUGAGUUCUCAUUAGAAAGUCUACUGGGGAAAUGGCCAAAAACAAACAGAGAGGUAAAAAGCAACAGAAUGUAUUUCAGGUUGCGAACAAACAGUCAAAACCCAAGACCAAAGCGAAACCCGUCAAGACCUCUUUGAAACACGUGAGUUCAAGUUUUGUUUACAUCAGUAACGCGCCAUUAGGACUGCACACAGUGUUAGAGAUUUGGAAUAUAAACAAGUCGUUGUUAUUC